AGACAGACAGGCAGGCAGGCACUAGGCAGCAGACAGACAGGUGCCAGACGUGUCCAGUACGAGUUCCUCCGCCGUGCCAGUAGUGUCACCAGCCCGUCAUGGUCAGCCGGGGGUCCGUCCAGUCCGCCAGGCCAUAAGUCCACCGUUUCUUCACCAUGGAACUCGAAAAAUGGCCAAUCUUCAGCCUCUUGAAACCGGAGUUCGUGGAGAAGAUGAAGCUGGCCUGUGUGUUCGGAAACAUGGGAAACGAGGCCAUCAUAGUGACCAAGGAUGAUGAUGUUUAUGCCUUGGGGUUCAAUGGUGCUGGCUGCCUCGGGGUUGGAGACCAAAACAGCACAAUGGAACCUCGGAAAAUUGAGCCUCUCUGUCAGAAGAAGGUGAAAGGUAUUGCAUAUGGCAGUGGCCCACAUGUGCUGGCAUACACUGAGAGUGGAGAGUUGUAUUCCUGGGGACACAAUGGCUACUGUCAGCUUGGUAAUGGGUCCACUAACCAGGGGCUCACACCAUACCUGGUCACCACACACCUGCAUAACAAGCGGGUGACAGGGAUUGCCGCAGGGUCACAUCAUUCAUUGGCACUCACUGAGGAGGGAGAGGUGCUGGCUUGGGGUCAAAAUAAUUAUGGACAAGUUGGGUCGGGAACAACAACAAAUCAGCCAACUCCUCGGCGAGUCAUUGCAAGCAUAGGCGGGAGGCAGGUUGUUGACAUAGCCUGUGGCCAGACGUCCUCCAUGGCAGUCAUGGAUAAUGGAGAGGUGUAUGGUUGGGGCCUGAACAGCAGUGGGCAGCUGGGUCUUGGCAACAAUGUUAAUCAACACAACCCAAGCAGAGUCACAGCUCUUCAGGGUGUAGUAAUCACAAAGAUUGUUUGUGGUUACUCUCACACACUUGCAUUGAGUGAUGAGGGCAGCUUAUGGGCUUGGGGUGCCAAUAGCUAUGGUCAGCUGGGCACAGGGAACAAGGCCAACCAGUGUGCCCCAGUCAGAGUAGCACAGGAGCUUGGACGCAUUGUUGAUAUUGCAUCCUCCCACUGCUGCCACCUUUCAGCUGCCAUGACACAGAACUCAAAAAUAUAUUUCUGGGGACAUUGUAAAGGACAAAGUGUAGUGGCUCCCAUGGAGACAGGAUUUAGCAGUUUACAUGAAGUAUUUGCUCUCUGGGCCUCUCCAAGUGUAACAUUUGAACCACUAAAUGUUACAGCCUUCACUCGUUCUUCUUUAGCACAAGCAAUGUCACUUGCUUUAGACGAUGAGGAGACGGCGGAUGUUGUGUUUGUAGUAGACGACCGCAGAAUCAGAGUCCACCGAGCUGUUCUCAAGAUCAGGUGUCAGUAUUUUCGGAACAUGUUCCAGGAACACUGGAAGGAAAAUAACCUAGAAGAAGUGGAAGUGAAGGACUAUUCAUUUGUUGUCUUUCGAGCCUUUCUUCAGUACAUCUACACAGACACUGUUAUUGUCUCGCCAGAAGAUGCCAUUGGUUUGUUAGAUCUGGCUAAUGCAUAUUGUGAAGAAGCUCUGAAACGCCACUGUGAACGCAUAAUCCGCCAUGGCAUAACCACAGAAAAUGCUGCCAUGUUAUAUGCUGUGGCCAUCAAGUACGAAGCAACUGAGCUUGAAGAAUUUUGUUUCCGGUUUGCUCUGAAUCACAUGACAGAAGUUGCACAGACAGAAGCAUUCAUGGCACUGGACGAAUUGACAGUCAAGAAUUUCAUCCAGCGAGCAGCACAGCAUGGAGCCUUUAAGUACUGAUAUUCUAGCUACUUGUUGAUGAGAAUCUCACAACAGCAGCAGCAGCCCAGGCAUGGCCAACAUUCUUAAUGCCACUCACUGCACUGUGGGUGGCUUGGCAAAAAUAGGGUCAGUGGUGGUCUGAUAACGGGCAGUGGUGACAAGGGAGAUAAUAUUGACAGCAGUCAUUUUGGGACAGUCAAUCAACAAUGGUAGUAUGGAAGGUAUGUGAUAUAUCUAAGAAUUUUUUUUAGAUUUAUACUUUCAGGUACCUCAGUUUAGAGCAAAAACAAGAGAAAUCUUGCCCAAUCUUCAGUCUGGAUGUCUGUUGAAGUUGUAUUUAUGUGACUGAUUUAUUUUAGUAACUGAAAAGUAUACUACAUCAAUGCUUGUAGAAAUUCUGUGAUAUCUUUGUUUUUAAGUUGGAGAUUCAGUGGCUGAAUAUUGUGUAUUUUCUAUUAACUUUAGUUUCAGUGAUGUAUGGUUUUUUCUCAGGAUUUACAUUGUCUAACUUUCUGGAUCAAGUUUUUCAACAUAGUCAAUUCUUGCACUCCUGAAAUUACUUUUUUUUUACAGAUGGAACAAAAUUUGGCAUCACUUUCAUACAGAAGUAAUUUGUCAUUAUUUGUGAUGCAUGGCAUUUGUUUUCUGUUAAAUGUGCUCACUCAUCAGAUAGACAGCUACUGUAAUAGGAAAGAAAAUUAAAUAUUGGAUAGAGUAUUUUAACUACAGUAUAAAACAAAACUUGGUAUUUUGAAAUACAAUGCAAAUGACUUUCAUGAGAGAACAUACCCUCACAUUCCAUUCAACAGAGUCUUUGAGAUUUUGUUUAUGUUUAAUUAAGUCACACUUCUUGAUUCUCAUGUAUUGUGAUACUCCGUAAAGGUUCUUUUAUUUUGCCUAAAGAAAUGGACUCAAGACAUUCCAUCAGUUGCUACAGACUCAAAUUUGCACAUUUGCACGUUUGCCAGUCAACUAAUUUUUGUCAACUUUUAAACUUUUUCUUGUUUUGCUUCUUGAACUUAAUGGCAUGAUUACUGUAUGUGCCAGGUAAGGAAGGUAAUGUUAUAACAAUGUGUUCAGUUUAUAAUUACCUUUUUACUUUUUACUGUUGAAGGCAAGAUGCAAUAGAUAUGUUCAUUUGAAUUCCCUUUAUAUUUACACCAAACAUCCUGAGUCAUUACAUGUAUCCGUUCAUUUCUUUAGAUUAAACAUUUCAAAAAACAAUCCUUCCACCAUUCAAAGCUGAUUUUUGUUAAAGGACUCUUACUGAUAUUAACUUAAGGACCAAUAUGGUAUUUGUUCCAUCAGGAAUAAGUAGCAUUGCAACAUUCCAUCUGUGAUUUUUAUGGGUUGAGAGAGGUUUUAUCAGUUAAGAAAGUCUUGCGUGCCCUAUUAUACAUGAUUCAAACAAAUACUGUAUUUGCCAGCGUAUAGACGACCCCUGAACCUAUUAAAAGCAAGCCCAAAUAGGGUCAUCUUAAAUGGUGAGUGUAAAAUGCUAAUCUCUACAUCCUGUGGUUAAGGGGUCCGUGUGAAGGAGGGAAAACAUUGCCAAACACUCACUUGUUCCCUUCAUAUAAUAUUCGUUGUAUACUUUUAAGACUUGAAAUUACUGACAUCAGCAUCAAACACAACUAAUUAAUAAUAAAAUGUCAGUUUUGCAUAUCUCCAUGGUUAUGGCAAUGGUGCUUUAAGAAAGAUGAUUGACCAGCUGAGCACACGUCAUGAAAGGCAACUUGUUUGGGUGUUUGCACGAGGGUGUUGUAGUUCAGAGCUGUCAGGUUUGACACUGGCCUCAUUACCCAAUUCCCUGGCUUUCAUAACCAAAAAUCCUAAGGGGAUGGUAAUACUAUUGUAUUUAAACUUUGUCAGCUGUUUGAAGAUUUCAGAGGCAGUGCAUGUAAGGUACUUUAUAAUUAGUUUUCUUACAUGAUGCCUAUAACCCAGUAGGGUCUGUUGAAGGGUCUAGCAGAUGGCCCUUGCCCAUUAGCAGUGCAGGCAAAUUUUCUUUUGAGUGGCUGCAGUGAUGUAUGACUUGCUUGGUUCAUGCUAUCCUUUGGUGCUCCUCUUGACUGAAAUUGCCAAAGUUCAGGUUGAUUAUAGAUCUGGCUGCGUGUGAGUGCUCAUCUGCCACUCUACCAUGGUUAAAAUUUGUCAGUGUCUUGCGGUGGGACUUGAGCCCCGGUCCUCGGACUGGGGUUAUUAGGGCAGCAAGCUCCUACAAGACCCAGGCUUUGUCUAAUGCAGCGUAUACACCUCAAGUCCACACUUUGAAUGAAAUUUUUUGGGGGAUCAUAUACUCAUUCAUCUUAUAAGCUGGCAAAUACAGUAUUUGUAUUCUCUUGGUAGAUAUCUUUUUAAAUGAAUUUUUUUAUCAUUAUUCCCUUGAUUAGUUUUAAUGAAUAUAUAUAUUUUUUAUUUCUAUCUUUUUUUACAGUAAUUUACAGUUGGAGGGUUCUUUGUCAUGUAUGAUGGCUGGGUUGCUCCAUAUUAUGUACUGUGCUCAUCUGUAACAGGAAGAGUGUGAGUUUGGACCUAGCACAUGGGAGCUGCUUUGGUGAGAGAGGUUGUUUUCAUAACCCUAGCAUGGCUAUAGGACAUUAGUUACCUGUCUUGGAAUUUUUUUUUCUGCUAAGCAGAUUUUGAGACAAUCUUGACCAAAGAGAAAUAUUGUGACAAAUUCAAGUUGUAAUAUUUAACUCUGAAGGAUAGAAAAAAAUUCAAGCCAAGCAUCUGGUGGCACGGAGCUCUGUCACCAUCACAACAGAAUGCUGCCUCUCACACCAAGGAGUUGUCAUGAUUGGACCUGACUCACUGCAUGGAAAUGACCCAAGCACUUCAACAGUCACCUCAGACACAUCAAGGGAAAGAUAAAACAGGUAUUGUUUUUUUCUGCCAUAUCAAAGAAAUGAGUUCAGGAGUAGCAGGAUUUGAGGUAAUAGUUUUGAAACUGUCAUCUUAGAUCCUGUCCUUUUGAAAUUCUGGUUGUGGUUGAGUGAGCUAGUGUGCAGCUUGAGUAUUGCAAGACCAUUGCUAGUCAUUAGUUGUGCUCCUUGUCUGUUGUCUGUUUCAAGUUGAAAACAUAAUUAUUUGGCACAGUGUUUCUUUAUUUUUAUACUUAUGUAUAGUGGUAGUACUUUUUCUUAUUAAUGUUUUCAUGAUGCUUUAUCUUUUAGGCUACUUGAGGAUUUUGUAACUGCAAAGUCUUGAUUUGUUUAUUUUGGUUUGAGAAGGCAGGCUAUCCAAUGGUUUUUCUCACCUUUAUCUUUAGUUGAACAACAAAGGACAUUUCCCUAUCUUGCAUACAGGUCUUACAUACCCUCUAUAUAUUAUGAAUGUGAGAAAAGGAGGGUUGUAAUGAAUUGAAUCAUAAUAGACCAAAGUUUCUAUAGGCCACAGGUCAUGGGAUUUUCAAGUUUCAUCAAUACCUUCAUUGAAUAUGACUUUUGUUAGGGUUGUCAUGCAUAGCUGCAAACAAAUUUGCACUAACUAUUGUGUAUUCAGUCAAGCACCAAUUGUUGAUCAUUUGAGUGUGCUUUACACAUGUUGGGAGUUUUACUGUCAUCUGAAUUCAGUGCUAUGAUGCCCAUAUCAAGUAAUGAUGAGAGGGGAGCUACAUACCCCAUGCUGAUGAUGAAGCUCGCUUUGUGUGUAUAUUUUUGAUUUAGCAUGCAUGGCUCCUUCCUCCUUGAGCCACUGAUUGAACAGAAACAUGUAAUCACCCAAUACGAUGGGUGUGGUAAUGACAAAUAACUAUGGAAAAUAAAGGUUGGAUUUUUUAAAAAUGAUGUUGGAAUAACAGAACCAAGUACUCAUGCUUUAAGGAUGUUUACUUUCAUACUUCUAUAUAAUGCAAGUUUACACCCUUGCCAAGGAGGAAAUUUCUCCCAUCAAUGAGUUAACAUGGCAGGCCGAGAGGAAAAAGUGUCAUGGUUAUAGGUGUUGUAUUUUGUGGAAAGCUGCACAGAAUCAUGAUAUAUAGAGGGUAUAGUGUAAUUGAAUCAAUUUCAAGACAUGUUUUGUUUUGCUCUGUGCAGUAACACAACAGUAAAUCUAAUAAAAUGGACAAUUCAUGGAAAAAGUUCCUUCAUACAGUAAUGUACUAUUUCAUAUAUAGAAGUUAGGAUUGAUGCAUUGGGUAUGAUAUUUGCCUGCUUGCAUACCAUCAUAAAUAUUGUCAUUUUGUUUUUGUUGGUGUUAUGGAUGGGUGGCUCCAUGGUAAAGUUGUUGACUUGUGUUGGUUGUGAGUUUGGUCCUUGGUCACAUCAGCUUGUCGUGAAAGUGCUCUCUCAUAACUCAGAGCCCUAGAAUUGUACCCUCCAUCAUCUUUUGUUGUAAAUUAUUAUAAUAGUUUUACUUAUACCAAAGCAGAUGUCUUGGAAAACACAGCCACUAGGCUUUGCCAAUUGAAGAUUAUAAAGUUCUGUUAUUGUGUGACAUGUUCAGCUUUAGUUAGUUUUGGACAUUCAUAAGUGAUUUUCUUUAAGCUUUAUUAUUUAUAUUGGCACAGUUGCUGCUGAGAAAAAUGCUCCCAUUAUAAUUUUUGUUUUACAUGAUUUUCCAUUUGGAUGUACAGUGAAGGUGGCCCAUAUUCAGUAGUAUGGUGUUACUACUUGCAUCAAAAUACUAUACGGAGUCGGUUCGCCCAGUCUGAGGUGCGCAUUAUCGUGCCCCGGCAACUUGCUGUCCCACGGCGUGUCCAAUUUCGUGGAUAAUGUAUGACAGCACAGGAAACAGUCAUUGAAAUCAAUAAUAUGCAGGCAACAAUAACAAAGUCAAUUUUAGUCAAUUAUGAAUGAAAAUUAUUAGUACUGUUGCAAAUAGUAGUUUUAUUAAUUUACAAGAUCGCUGAUUAUAAGUACUAAAGUCUUGGUGCUGUACACCAUCGAAAAAAUUAGCAGGACUAAUAAUUUUAGCUGAAAAUCAACUAUAAUUGAUGGCUUUUGUUAUUGUUGCCCGUAUAUUUUGGCACCGACAACCGUUUCCUGUGUAGAUUAUCAUUUAUUAUCAAGUCAUGUGACAGCAGGUUGCCAGAGCAUGAUAAUGCACACCUCAGACUUUGGAAAACUGACAAUAAUUAAGAUUUUUGCUUUAUUUAAUUAUUUAGUAAAACAAGUUCAACAGGAGUGGAUUCUUUCUGAGGAUACAAUUUUAAUAUUGGGACUAUUGUAUCCUAGUUUCUUCUGGACCAAGUAGGUGAUUCAUUGAACAUCUAACUUACAGCUACAUUAUGUAUGCAGUUGAAAUUUAGCUCUUUUGAUAAGGCUGAUAUUUUGAUUAUGUGCAUUGUUGGUUCUAUAUGCCAAGCCAGUUGUCACAGGGGCUUCUAGGGUAUGAUUGUCAAAAGUUGUACAAUAUUUAGAAUUCUAUGGAAGGUAAAAGGAAAAUUCCUUUCUGCAAGGUAAUCAAGACAGGCAUUUCCUGUUAUACAAUUUUCCACACAGAAUCUGGUUUUAAAACUUUUGUUAUAUGAACUUGAUUCAAACCAGACAAGAUCAGAUUCAGAGUUAUUUGUGUGGUUGUUUGGGAAGCCAGCUUGAUUGAACUAAUGUUGUAGUGUUUCUCACAAUCAGUGUUACCCAACUGUAUAACUUGGAAUGCCUGUUAUUGAAAAAGGGAAAUGAGGUGCAUUAUAAUUUAUAUCAAUCACUUGCCCAUAAGUCCUGAAGGUUUGAAAUUUGAUGGGAAGUUUCUGAUCCAAGUGUAGCUGUGUUGAGAUUCUUGUCUACAAGUAGGUAUUGACUGACUACAGGAGCAGCAAAAAAGGCAAAUGGUAUUGCUUCUAAUAAUACAAAGGGUUAAUGAUGGCUUUCGGAGAUAUGGAUGUUCUAGAAUAUUGUGACCCAUUGUAUAUCUCAAAAGCUAUAUUUAGUGUUAUUAUUGAGCAUGUGUGAUAAUAUACAUACACAAAUUGCUCAAGGGAGCACAUUUAAUAGUGUAAAGUCAGUGGAAGUUGAAGUCAUCAGACUUGGCAGCCAUAGAAUUAUGGUAAAUUAGGUCUUUCAUGAGAGGUACUUUAGCAGUACCAUUAGUGCAAAGCAUGAAGUAUAGUAUUCUCCAGUAUGAAAUUAGUUAUACAAUUUGUUUACAAAUCCCCUCAUGGUGAAUACUAGCAAUUGCAUAGAUGUGAAUAUUCCUUAAGCUUAACAUUUUCUUGGUAAGCUUUUGCCUGACCAGUAUUCAUUACCUGUACAUCACUUUAUAAUGAUAUAAAUGUUAUUUUUUUUCUAAAUGAAGUGAUUCAUUAAUUGUAUAUUUCUGAAAAUAUAACCUGCUGGAGAUCUAGGUGGUGGAGACUGGUCUGGGAAUCAAUAUUUAGUUAUGUAACCAUUAAUUUUAGAUCAAAAAGUACUACUUACAUAAAUCUCAACAGUUCAUAAAUAAGGUAAUAAUAAAGAGUGAAAUCUCA